AUGCCUCUCAGACUCCUCUGUCUCCAUGGCUGGGGAACCAAUAUCAACAUCCUCCAAUCCCAACUCAGCGCCCUCAUAUCCGACCUCCACCAAGACAACACCGCAACAUUCUACCUAAUCGAAGGCGAAGUCGACUCCGUGCCCGGCCCCGGCAUCGAAGGCUUCCACGAAGGCCCCUACUACAGCUACUACCACUUCCCGCAACCCCUCUCGACGCCCUCCGAAGCCGCCACGGAAUCCCUCCUCCACGCCUACGACAGACUGUACCGGGUGCUCGCCGAGGACGGGCCCUUCGACGGCCUCCUGGGCUUCUCGCACGGUGGCACCCUCGCCGCGGGGUUCCUGAUCCACCACGCGAAACUGCACCCGCACAGCGACCCGCCCGUGCGCUGUGCGGUCUUCAUCAACGCCUUGCCCCCGUUCCGCAUGGACGCGGCCGAUCCCGGCAGCGACCCCGCCAGCGACCCCGUCCCCGUCGUCGACGAGGAUCUCCACGGGUACAUCAAUAUCCCCACGGUGAGCGUCGGCGGCGCCAAGGACCCGCUGUGUCGGUAUUCGGUGGCGCUGCAUCGCCUGUGCCAUUCGGCGCUGGCGACCUGGGUGCUGCAUGGCCGCGGGCACGACGUGCCGCGGGACCGGCGCGACGUGGCCUUGAUUGCGGCGGCGAUUCGCAAGUUGGCUGUGCAGGUUCAGGUUCGGGUGUCGAUGGGGUGUUGGUGA